AUGACUGCCGCAGGCUCCUUUAUCAGAUGGGGUCUCAUCCUCCCCCUCAUAGUCGUUGUCUUUGCAGUCGCAUACCGCCUUCAACAGCCACUCACAGCUUCAGAAAACGAAAACCCUGUCACAUACUGUUACAAGUCUAUCCGGACUCAUGAUCCUGAACAGGUUGAAGCUCAAUGCUUUACUGUCACUGAUGGAGUCUUUACAGCUGUCGGUUCAAGUGAUGCUGAUCAAACAACAAUGGAUGGCCAUGUAAUCCCAGGACUUUGGGACGGACAUGGCCACUUGCUUCAGUACGGAGAGUUUCUACAUUCUGUUGAUUUGUUUGGGGCCCAGUCUCUGGAUGAAGUGCGAACCAGAAUCAAGAGCUAUAUCUCCGAAAACCCAGGAGCUGGUUCCAAGGAUAAUUGGGUUCGUGGUGUUGGAUGGGAUCAGACAUUCUUUGGUCGGAUGCCAACAGCUGCCGAUAUAACACAAGACCCAGAACUCAGCAACGUGUACCUCAUGCUUGACCGCAUAGACGUUCACUGCACCUGGGUCUCGCAGCCUGUCCUAGACCUUCUCCCAGCAGACCUCCCAGAAGUAAUUCCAGGAGGUGAAAUAAUCCGCGACCCUGGCUUUGGGGUUUUCUGUGACAAUGCCAUGGAUUUAGUCAUUUCCAUCUGGCCCCAGCCGGGUCGGGACUUCAAAGCUCACACGAUUAAAACUGCCAUGAAAAAGCUCAACGAGGUUGGACUUGUGGGUAUGCACGACGCUGGGUCAACACCCGAAACUCUAACCAUGUACAACGAAUUGUCCUCGAGUGACGACUGGACUCUUCGUGUGUACGCCAUGUUGGAAUGCCCCCAGCGUAACUCAUACUGUCCAGACGAAGCUGUCAAGUUUGCUCGGGAUGACGACCGUUUUGCGGUUCAAAGCGUCAAACUAUUUGCAGACGGAGCCCUGGGUAGCUGGGGAAGUGCACUUCUCGACCCAUACUCGGAUCAUCCUUGGACAUCAGGCUCCCUCCUCAUCAAUGCCUCUGCCCUCACCGAUGUGACCAAGCGCUGGGCCGCGGAUGGCUACCAGGUCAACAUCCAUGCUAUUGGUGACCUUGCAAACCGUAAUGCCGUCGACGCCCUCGAGGCAGCUCUUGUUCAACAGUGCCUCAACGAGGCCACUGCCCAAGGCGCUUCUCCUUCAACACCUGGCCAAUCCUCGCACGACUCUCAGGAUCAGAUUGAAGCUCGUGCAGCUUGUCAGUCCCGGCAUCGCUUCCGUAUCGAGCAUGCACAGAUCAUCCACCCGGAUGACCAAAAACGUAUUCUCUCCCUUGGAAUCAUUCCCUCUAUCCAACCCACACAUGCAACAUCGGAUAUGAAGUACGCGCAAUCGCGCCUAGGCAAAGGCCGCGUUUCAUCCUCCGCCUACCGCAUGCGUUCUCUUCUUUCUGCCCGUCCUGUCCUUGGCAGCGAUUUCCCUGUUGAACCCCCCAACCCAUUCCAAGGCAUCUAUGCCGCCGUAGCACGUCGUAGUCCCCAUACCGGUCGUGGAACCGACGAAAGUCCUGAUGGCUGGCACACAGACGAAGCCUUGAGUUUGGAUGAGGCCAUGUGGGGGUUCACUGGAGCUCCUGCUUGUGGCGCCUUUCUUGAUGGUCGUGCUGGUGUGAUUCGUGAGGGCGCUUUGGCUGACUGGGUUGUUCUCGAUAAGCCCAUAGAAUCUUAUGAAAUUGAAGAAUUACGGUCACUGAGAGUGAAGGAGACUUGGGUGGCCGGGAAGAGAGUGUACACCCGAUCUGAUGAUGAUUGA